AUGUGUAUUCUUUUCUGUUAUUUACAAAACGAUAAUAUUGAUAUCGGAUAUGAUUUAAUAUUAUUAUCAAAUCGUGAUGAAGAUUUUCAACGACCAGCUAAACAAGCUCAUGUUUGGAAAGAUACAAAAUAUGCACUUGGAGGACAAGAUGUAACACCAUUACGUGAAGGUGGUACUUGGUUAUGUUUAAAUACUGUUCAAAGUAGAAUUGGUAUUUUAUUAAAUUUAUCUUCACAUUUAUUAGAAGAAAAAAAUAUCAAUGCUCAGAGUCGAGGUUUUAUUGUAUCCAAUUAUGUAAAUAAUCCAGAGAUUAAUCUUGAUACAUAUAUGGAUGAAUUACAAAAAACUAAAACAAAUUAUACAGGUUUUAAUUUUCUUGGACUCGAACAACAAUCAGAGUCUAAAGGAAAAAUAACAGAAACGUCAAUAUUAAGUUUUCCUAUUUCCCCUUCACCAUAUGGUUUAUUUUACAUUAAUAGAAAAUGGCGAGCUAAAUAUAUAAAUAAUGUAUCACCAGAUUCAUCAGCAAUUGAAAUCAAUACAUCUGUUUUCGGUUUUAGCAAUCAUAUAUAUGGUGAUCAAUAUGCAUUUGAAAAGACUCGUUAUGGUUGUCAAUUAUUUAAAACAUUUCUUGCAAAUUUAACAGAUAAUUAUACAAAACCAAUUACAGAUGAAAAAGCAUUAAUUCAUCAAACAUUUGAUUUAUUAAAUGAUAAUAAAAUUUUUCCUGAUGAUCCUAAUAUUGCUACUAUUUAUUCUCAUUAUUCAAUAUCGAAUCGUCAUCAAAUAUCAUCAAUUAAUGUACGCACUACAGAUGACUCGCCAACUUAUGGAACAAGAACAUCGACAGUAAUUCUUAUUCGUCGUAAUCAAACUGGUCUUUUUAUUGAAAAAACUCUUAGUAAUCCAUUAAUUAAUCCAUUAGAAUGGACAGAAAAUAGAUGGCAUUUUAAAUUAUAUAAUAUGAAUGAACCUCCUAUUUUAAUAAAUUAA